CACCGACGUUUCCAUAUACUACAUAACGUGUGUGGUAAUUAAAUCUUGAGAAGUGGGACAUUUGGGAUUAGCCAACCGUCGCUGCUAUCGCUAGCAUCAAUUAGCACGGUGACCGUGGGAAAAUCCAGUUAAUUGAUGGUUAAUCUCGUUUAAAGCAUGGCACCCGCUGUCCUUUUUGAACUGGUGUGUUUUGUUGGUUUAAAGGGGCCAAAUGUCAAAAUAAACGUCGAUGUGUUGUAACUUUGGCUAAAAGCGUUUGCCCUGCAUGUUUAUUUCCACGGAUACAGUGAAGGAUAGGCAAGGUUACACUGGGAAGUUGAAUACUUUCUGGGAAAUCAAAAAACGGAGAAACAAACGCAAACAUUACCAUCAGAGGUCAGGCUGCUUUUUUCAGACUCUUGUGGAUCAUGUUGAUCUGGAGGCAUGUUCCUCUCUGUGUUUUUGAAACCGAUCGACAGAAAUGAGUAAAGAGCAUGCAAGGAUUGAGAUGGACCUGGCUUUUGGCUCUGCAAAGCCCUAUGGUUCUUCAAGAAGUUUGGUAAGGAGAAUCGCUUCAAAUCUUCCCAUUAAACCGUGCCCCAGGGUUCAUUUCCAGCUCUACCCAUACACUGAGGAGGCUGGAGUCCUUAUCAGUGCCAGGAGGCAGACCAGCCGGGUCACCUCUCUUGCUGAUAUUGCCUGGAUCGAAGGGGACGAAGAGGAUGAUGGAAGCUACUGUGGCAGACCCAGGCCAGGGGUCCCACCAGGCUUCAUGUUUCGAGCUCAACAGCCUCGUCCUCGGAGAAAACUCCUCACCCGUCAAAGGUCCCUGCCCAGUCUGCACGAAGGAGCUCCUGACCUGCAUGGUCCGACUGUUUCAAACGAUGAGGCGAUCCAGAAGAUCAGCGCACUGGAGACAGAACUGGACAAACUCAGAGCUCAGAUAGCUCAGAUAGUCUUGGCUCAGGAAAAGACUGCACAGUCCGCUGCUGCUACCGGAGCUGCUCCACCUUCUGGCAGCCCCCCUCCUCCUCCUCCACCUCCUCCACCUGCACCAGCACUACAGCGAACGUUUUCAGCCAUAGAGCUGAUAAAAAGGAGAAGAGGCAGGAAGACGGAUGAGCAGACGGCUGUGGGUUCAAAGCCAGCAGAAAUCCCCAGCAUGCUGGACAUCCUGAAGGACAUAGACAAAGUUAAGCUGCGGUCUGUGAGGAGUCGUUUAGAGAAAGUUGAGGUCAAAAUGAUGUCCAAAGAUCCAGCCGACCCAGCAGGUUUCAUCGCCGAAGCUCUUAAACGCAAAUUUGCCCAUCGGUUUCGGAAUAACAGCGGACAGGAAGGAAGCGACAAGGAAGAUUGGAAGGUUUCCAUCCCCGAAGCCAAACCUCAAACUGAAACCCUUCUGUUUGGGCAGCACAUGUUGAAACCAACUGGAAAGAAAAAGUUGCUCUGACCAGAGGGACCUGAGCCGGUUAUCCAGAAGGUCUGUGGAUACUUGGCAGUGGCUUCUUUCUGGUGAUCUUCUCUGACUCUGGCCUGGCUGGACCAGUUAUUAAUCAUCUCAUAGAGUCCAAUGUUGGAGAUGUUUUUGCACUUUUAUAACUGCUAUCUUUAUAUUUAGAAACACUAGCGACUGAUUAAUAAUCUUAUUUUGUUAUUAUGAAGUAUUUGUUUUAACUUGUUGCACAUGGAAUGGGUGAUCAAGUCUGCAUCCCCAUUUUUAAGGAGCAGGAAAAGCUCAAGGAGGAGGCUCUCUCGGACAUGUUGAAUCUGGUGCAGUAUUGUUGAAGUACUUGUACGAAUUGUAGUGUGAUUUGACUGGGAGUUAUUUAUGUUGUGGCAAAGGUAGAUGCUGUAAUUUGUUUUUAACAGGGAAUAAUGUGCCGGUUUUGUCCGUUACGAAUUUAAAGAGACUCGGAUUGACAUUUGAAAGUAUUUUAUCUUCCGUGUCAGGAUUUACCAAUUUAAGUCAUUUCUAUUUUAUUUUCCUUUUUUAAAAGCCAAAGAUAUUCUUCUGAUUCCCUGCAGGAUCCUGCCUUAUUUUGCAUUGUACAUUUUUCCCCAGUUUUAUUAAAGUUCUUGUUAAAAGUGAAGUAAAUCAGCCUGUGGUUUAAACUGACAUUUUGAGGCAUUGUGUUGGUCUUCAUAUCAUUUCACAUUAUGGUUGUAUAGCUGCUUAUUUAAGUCUUUGUACAAGGGAAGGACAGGUUGCCAGUGACAUGUAGCUUUUAAUGUCAAAGAUUUGCAGAAGAGUUCUCUAACAAAUUGUAAAUCAUCUUUAAUAAAAGUUUGUCUCUCUUGA